AUGGCUUUCUUCCUGCGGCGUCCGUUCGCCGUGUCCUCGGCACUGCGCCAGGCACCUAAGCUCUCAAACACCGCUCGUUUCAUUCACAACUCUCCGAUCAAGCCCACUCAGGCCCCCAAGCCCUCUGCAGCUGCCUCCACCAUCUUCGCCAAGUCUCGCCAGACCUUCCAGAAUGCCUUCCGUCGCACCUACAUGCAGCAGACCUUCAACCCUUCUUCCGGUAACUUCACGCAGAAGCUGCUGUACGGCGGUGCCAUCGUUGGUGGUACCAUCUUGGCCACCAACUUCAUCUUCAACCGCGAGACCCGCGAGGACGGCGGAAUGCCCGCUUACGAGCGUAGCUUCCUCAACGAGACUUUCAUGCACACUGGACUUGGUAUUGCUAUCAUUGGCAUUGCUGCACGCGCACUUCACUCCAAUGGUUGGUCGUACCGCCUCAUGUCCAUGAACCCAUGGCUCGUUCUCGGUGUCGGCCUGGUUGGCAGCAUUGGCUCGAUGUACGGCACUUUUUACACCUCCCCCGAUAACUACGCCGUGAAGUAUGGCUUCUGGACCCUGUUCAACCUUACCCAGGCUGCGCUCCUCUCCCCUCUGAUGUUCCACAACCCUGCUCUGCUCGCCCGUGCUGGUCUGUACACUGUCGGUCUCAUGGGCUCGAUUGCCUUCGUUGGCGCCACCGCCAAGCAGGAGAAGUACCUGUAUCUCGGAGGUCCUCUUCUCGCAGGUGUCACCCUCGUUGCUCUUUCUGGUCUCGCACCCAUGGUUCUUCCCGUCACCGCUGCUCGCACCCUGAUGUGGUCUGAGCGUAUCUGGCUGUACGGUGGUCUGGCUGUCUUCGGUGGCUUCACUCUCUACGAUAUCCAAAAGAUCCUGCACCACGCCCGUCUCUCCGAGCGUGGCUACAUGAAGCGUGAUGUUGUUAACGAGAGUGUCAGCCUUGAGCUUGACUUCAUUAACAUUUUCGUUCGCAUGGUGCAGAUCCUCAGCAUGAACAACCGGAAGUAA